UCCCCGAGAGGCGUCUUGAAUGUACGUUUCUGAUAGUCUUUGCUUGUUCCGUAUAUGAAGGCCGUGAAGUACAUGGAUCGCAAGACCGUGCAAGAAGGCGCGAUAGCGGAGCAUGGGAAGCCGCUCGGGGAUGAAUGGUUGGGAAAAGUGCAGGUGCCGUCUGCCUUUUGCCUUCGCUGCACCUUUGCUUCCGCCUGAUCGCCGUUGAUGAAGACGACCAGAUAGACGGCCUCCGGGACACAGUCAAGCGCCCGCGACUUCUUCCUUCCCUCCGUCGGCCGCCGUUUGCAGCUUCCACAAUUUAUCGCUCCAUCGUCAGGCAUAAGCAGCUGCAUCUGACUCCCACUGAGUGUACAGUCCGCGUGCAUUGCAUGGUGCAAGUCGCACGUGUAUGGGCUCAUUGGAAGGGACGCAUCGCCUCAUUGUGGCUCCACAAGUAUUGCUUGAGUGUAUGUACGCUAUAGACUGGAUGUGCAAAUCCCUGG